AUGUCUGACACCGGAGAAUUCUUCAAGAAAUUCCACGAGACGAUCAACAACAGUCUGGAUGAUGUGUCGAGAAACAACUUCGCCAAUUUGGAAUCCAAUUCAAAACGUGUAUCAUAUUUGUGCAAUUUACCGGCCAUCAAGGCUUACGAUCUGUCUGUUGACAUCGAAAAAUGUCAAACUGGUGGAGAUUUUCCAGUGAGGAAAGAUAUGGAAAAAGCGCGCCAAUUGAAAGACGACGGAAAUAAAGCGGUGCAAAAAGGCGAUUGGGCUAAGGCUUUGCAAUUUUACAGUCAAGGAAUGGUGUUUGUACCGCAAAAAGAAACUGAAGAACUUUCAAUACUCUACGCAAAUCGAUCAGCUGCCCUUAACCACUUAGAGCAGUAUGAAGAGACUUUAGCAGAUAUUAAGCGUUGCCUCUCGUUAGGCUAUCCACGGCAUUUGCGGUACAAGGUGUACGAACGAAAGGCUCAAACUUUACUCGUUCUGAAAAGAAAUCAAGAAGCCAUAACCGCUUUCCAGGACACCAUAAGUGCGCUAGACGAAGCGAACAGCCUAAACAAGGAGAAAAGACAAAAAAUGCGAACGGACGCCAAAUUGAUGUUGGAAAUCCUGAACAAGGGCCUCACGUUGGCCGGCAAUCCAAAGGACCCGGAGCCCCUUAAUAAAACGCCCCCUAGGCCGAAGCUACCGGGAAAGAACAACCCGCAAUACCCAGCUGCGUCCGAAGCCGUGCAUAUCGAUUACGAUGAAGUGAGGGGGAGGUUUGCUACUGCCACCAGAGACGUACGGGCUGGGGAGACUCUGUUGAUCGAGAAACCAUUCAGCGGAGUGCUGUUAGGGGAAUACUCUAAGACGCAUUGUCAAAACUGUUUUACUAGAUGUUUAGUUCCUUUGCCGUGCCCGAGAUGUCCGAACGUGAUAUUCUGCAGCGAAAAGUGUUCGGAAGUCGCCCAGAAAACCUACCACGGCUACGAAUGCCAGAUCCUACCAGUUCUUUGGAAGUCGGGCUGCUCCAUCACCUGCCACAUAGCGUUACGGAUGAUCACACAAAACAAAAGAGAUUACUUCAACGAAGUAGCUGCAACUAUAAACGAAAAACCCAAAGGCGUUUAUAAGACCGGUGACUAUAGGAUUAUCUAUCAUUUAGUGUCCCACGAAGAUAAGAGGACGAAACAGGACUUUCUUCAUAGGACGCAAAUGGCGGCGUUCUUAGUGAAGCUGCUGGAGAUAAGUGGCUACUUCGACGGUAAGCCGAGAGAGAAGCCGGUGGAAAUCGACGAGCUGAAGUCGAUGGGCGUGGAUGAGAAGUACAAGGAAGACGUGGAUUUAAUCGGCGGCCUGAUAUUGAGGAAUCUACAGAUUCUUCAGUUCAACGCGCACGAAGUGUUCGAGUUGCAAUGCCCCAAGCCGAGGGUCGGAAAGAACAUUAUCAAGCAUACCGGCAAAUCGGUCUUCUUGGCGGGGGCUGUCUUCCCGACCCUUGCUCUCUUCAACCAUUCAUGCGACCCCAGCGUGGUCAGAUACUUUUGCGGAUCGUACAUCGUCGUUAGAGCUGUCAAAAACAUAAAAAGAGGCGAAGAAGUGGCCGAGAACUACGGGCCCAUUUUCACAACCGUGCCUAGGGAAAAGCGCCAAGCCGAUUUGAAGGAGCAGUACUGGUUCGAUUGCGCUUGUAUACCUUGCCAGCAAAACUGGCCGCGGUAUGAAGAGAUGACUGAAAAUUAUAUGAGGUUUAAAUGCGACUCGGACAAUCCAUGCUCCAACGUGAUAGCGGUGCCUUACGAUUGCCAGGAGUUUAUGAUCAAAUGUGACUUAUGUGAACAGCACACCAACAUUCUGAAAGGCCUUAAAUCACUACAGGUGAGUUCU